GGCUGUUGAGAUGUAAACAAAUGAAAUGUGAACUGUUUUUAUUCAAUAAUUUUUAACAUUUUUGCUUUUUCUGUUGCAUAAUUGAAUUAAAUGAAUAAUCUAAUAUGCUAAUUGAACUUUAAUUGAACUGUUUAAUAAUUAAACCUAGCUGUAAAGAUGUUGAUCGCGUGAUGAUCUUAACUGUUGCUAAGACUGCAAAAACUUGAAAAUUUAAGACUGAAAAAACAGAAAGAAUGAUGGACUCGCAUUUUUCCCCUACUUAUUUGCAGAAUCUACUACAAACACUGAAGUCAUCUAAAAUAUACACAGAUCUACAAAAUGCAGCUCAGAGUGAAAUCUCUAAAACGUCUGUUCGAGUAUCAGAAUUGAAGAAAGGUGUUCAGUCGGGCCUAGCAGCAUCAGGCUGGGAGAGGAAGUUACGUAACAGGAUAUACCAGUACUUACAGACACACCCACUAUCUUCCCACCCACUUUCAACACCAGCAGAACAUAUCAAGGAGCCUUUUGUAUACCUGAGGAAGGCACAGCAAGCAUGGGAGAAGAGGAUACUGAAGAGCUUAAACAGCAUGUGUACAGAGUUGAAUAUUCCUCUAGCCAGAAAAAGACCAGAAAAAGAGCAGAAAGACCUGAAUUCUAGAUGGACUGAACUUGGAACUGAUGGACCAGACUUAAGUCAAAUUCGACCAGUGUACGCUCCAAAAGACUUUCUUGAAGUAAUUAUGUGUCUACAAAACCCAAAUUACAAUGCAGGGGAUUCCAGUGGAACAUACACAUUAUGGGGUCUUGUCCAGUUACCACUCAAGAUCAAUGAUAUUAACAGACUGCGUAUAUUAUACAGUGAUAUGGCCAUCAAUCAGUGCCAGACGGGAGUGGAUGACAGUGGUGAUAUACCACCAGAAAUGUUUGAUAGUGACCGAGUUAAACUUGGCAAAAAAGUGAUAUCUGGUGACCAUGGCCCCUUGGCUCAAGAAUACGCUAAAAAAGGUUGCCCUAUUAGUCUGAGAGCAGAAUUGUGGUGUCUUAUAUUAGGGAUUGAACUUGAUGAAUUUGAUACUCUCUAUUAUGAACAACUAAAAGCAAAUGUUAUAGCACAUGAUUUACUUGUUGACAGUCUACUGUACAAGGAUGUAAAAUUAACAGCUACAAAUGAUGAUCAGUAUUUUGUGUUUGAAGACUAUCUUUAUCAGAUUUUAUUACCUUUUACAAGAGAUACAGAAAUGCUCAAACAUUUUAGCCACAAUAGUGCCUCUCCCCCCAAAUCAUACAUACGUGGCAAACUAGGUGUAGAGGAAUUUGCUGUGAUAUACCCACCAAAUGGUGUCAUUCCAUUCCAUGGAUUUGCUAUGUAUGUGGCACCUCUGUGUUACCUAUACAAGGAACCAGUCAAGUUGUAUUAUGUGUUCAGGGAAAUCUACACAAGAUAUUUCUUCCGGCUUCAUAGUAUAUCAUCUCAUCCACAGGGUAUUUUAUGCUUGAGUCUGUUAUUUGAGACACUACUACAAACGCAUGAACCAGAAUUAUUCUUUCAUCUCAAGUCAGUAGGCUGUCAACCAUUGAAAAUAGCAUUCAAAUGGCUGGUUAGAGCAUUUUCAGGGUAUUUGUCUAGCGACCAGGUUCUCCUGCUGUGGGACAGAGUCCUUGCUUAUAGCUCUUUAGAAAUCCUGCCAG